GAACAUUUCAGAAAGCUGAUAUUUUAAAUUGCACCCGGUUAGUUGAAAGGAGAUUUAAAAAACAAAAGAAAGAAGAAUAAACGUUGUGGAAAGUUUGCCUUUCCAGCACUAGCUGUUGCCUACAUCUGUUACGUGUCGCUAUUGCUGUAUGCUAACCGUCGAGGUAGGCUAUUGGAGAUGUAUUCAUGUAACGUAUGUGCAGAAACGGUCAAAUCUGUUUAAGCUUUUGUUUUCCAUUGCAAACUGCAUCGCAACGAACCGAGGUGUAUGUUCAAGUGUGUUGCAGCUAGUUGCAAGCACGUGUGUACUGGUUAUGCAACAUUAAAAGCUCACUUCUAUCGUCAUCAUAAUAGCUUGCCAACAGUUACUCUGGACACAACUGUAACGAGAUUAAAAUGCACAGUUUCACUGUGUGAACGGCAGUGUGAGGGGAUAAAAGCUUUGUUUGUUCACUUGAAGGAGCAUAUUACGGUGGCUGGUAAGUGCAAAACAAAAUUACAAAUCCAAAACACUUUUACAAACCCUGAAACACUUUUACAAACCCUGAAACACUUUUACGAACCCUGAAACAAAUUUACAAAUUCUGAAACAAAUUUACAAAGGCAAAAUCCUAACGGAAAGGGAAUGUACCAAAAGCCGGAUCUGACCAGAACUGAUUGAGUGAGCGGUUUGUUUGGAAAAUCCUGAACGGAGCGAGUAGUGUUGUGAAGUUUAUAUGGAGUUGUAUGAUGUUUUGCCGGUUUUGUGGAAACCAUUUCAGCCUGUUACCGCGGUUUUGCAUUUCGUGUGGACGGUCUCUGGAGUUUUUUUAAAGACACGGACCAGACGGAAGGACCAGAAAUGCUGCAUUAUUGCACUCAAUAUUUCAAUGAGGGACACUCGUACGAUGUAAUCGUGGACAUGAUGUCAAGUUUACAUGGUAUAAACAUCAGCUUGCGAACCUUAAAAAGUAUACUCGGUCAAGCAGGGUUGUACCGCAGAAAGGAUUAUUCCUCUCCAAGUGCCAUAAUUAAUGCCAUCAGGUUGGAACUUCGUGGACCUGGACAACUGUUUGGCUACCGAACAAUGUGGCAGGUGCUCACACAAAAGUACAACCUUCGAGUGAGGAGAGAUGAUGUGAUGAAUUUGCUACGGGAGCUUAACCCUCGAGGGUGCGAGAAGAGAGCACGCAGAAGGUUCGUAAGAAGAACCUACCAUUCAAUGGGACCAAACUAUAUGUGGCAUGCUGAUGGCUAUGAUAAACUUAAACCAUUCGGCCUGGCCCUUUCUGGAUGCAUAGAUGGAUUUUCACGUAAAGUACUGUGGCUUAAAUGUGGACCAACAAAUAAUAACCCAAGGGUGAUCGCUCACAAUUUCCUGUUAUGUGUGCGAAACCUUGAUGUCAUCCCCAUGAGACUGAGAACUGACUGCGGCACGGAGAGCGGCUUUAUGGCUGCGAUUCAUUGUACCCUACGUCACCAUCACCAUGACUACUACUCGGGAGCGUCCAGCCACAUGUAUGGCUCAUCCACUAAUAACCAGCGCAUUGAGUCCUGGUGGUCCAUAUUUAGAAAGGGAAGAUCUCCGUUCUGGAUGGAGUUAUUUGCAGACCUCCGAGAUGCAGGAUACCUCAAUGGGAGUCAUGAGCAUCAGUGCCUAUUGAGAUUUUGCUAUGGUGAUGUUUACUUCAGAAGGACUUGGAUGAGUGUGUGAGACUAUGGAACAGUCACAGGAUUCGCACUUCCAGAACAGCGUCAUGUCCAGGAGGAGUGCCCAAUGAACACAGAUUUGGCUCCAGAAACUGUGGAUUUGAAAUUGAACACUCUGACUUGGAUGGCUUUCCUGAGGCAAGCCUAUCAAUAGCUACAUGUGGGGACCCAAACAUGCAGGAGUACUUGGACUUUGCUACGGAGCGCCAUCAACUACAGAAGCCAGAAAACUGGGAGUUUGCAACAGGACUGUACAUGAAGCUAAAAGAAAUUGCUCAGCUAUAAAAUUAAUUAAAAAAAAGUUAGUAGCCAAGUGCUUGCUCAUUGAGGCUUUUCUUUUCUUCCUGCUAUUUUCUUCAGAGUGAUUAAGAUGUUUUUUUUCUAUGCCCUGAAAUCUGAUUUGUAGUGGUGGAACACUGAAUGUCUGAAUGUCACCCAGUUUUUUGGUGAAAUA